AUGUCUAGCCUAUUUGGAACAGCAAACCUCUUCGUUGCGUUGUUUUUUCUUUCCUUCAGCAGUGUUUUCUACCCUGUAAGUGGGGAAGAAGAAGAGGGAGCAUGCCCAAAGAAUCCGUGUGAGAUCAAGGUCAUUGCUGCACCAGGACCCCCGGGACCUCCAGGCCCUCCAGGUCCGGUAGGUGAUGGCGGGGGUACAGUGUCCGUCGGACCGCCGGGGCCUCCGGGACCGUCGGGGCCUCCAGGACUGCCGGGGCUUUCAGGACGGCCCGGUCCCAAAUGCAAACCUGGCUGUAUUCCAGACAUGCUUGGGCCAAGGGACGGGCCACGUGGAUAUCCUGGGCUGCCUGGGCUGCCUGGACAGGAUGGACCGCCUGGACAGUCUGGACCGUCUGGAUCUCCUGGACCGUCUGGACCGCCUGGACUGUCUGGACCGUCUGGACCGCCUGGAUCUCCUGGACAGAGAGGCCCGCCUGGACCCAGCCCUCCCGCUGUGGCGUUUUUUGCGGCUCUAAGCUCCGGCACAGACGUCCUUGCACCCGUGCUGGCAUACGAUGUCAUCCACACCAACGUGGGCGGAGGCUACGACAGGGAGACCGGGAAGUUCGUGGCCACGACGCGCGGCGUGUACACCUUCACAUUCACGGCGAGGAAGGGCGCAGCGGCCGACUCCCGUUGCACCGUUUCGCUGGUGAAGAACGGGGUGAAGAUCGUGUCUCUGACCGCGCAGGGCGGGCAGACCCAGGCAAGCAGCACCGCCGUCUUACUCCUCAGGCGCACGGACCAGGUGUGGAUGAUGCUCUCCGACGGGUACCUAGAGAGUGAUGCCAGCGGAGAAGCCACCUUCUCUGGAGUACUGAAUGCUUUGGAAGACGAGUAGACGACAUUAAAAGUUUUGCCGUUGUCGAGAAGGUUAUGUGUUAGGUACACCAUAUAUAAAGCGAUUUUAACCGGUUGUCUUCAGUUCAUCAUCAUCAUUGGCAGUCCAGUCUCGGAAGACUAUCUUGUCGCCAACCUGGGAGUGCAUCGUCUACUGUUGCUACCACGAUCAGUUAACCAUGAUGCAUUAGAAAAACUCUGUAAAUUCGUAUACAAAUGUCUAUUAAGA